AUGAAGCAGUGGGUCGUCCGUUCCGACAAGCAUGAUCUCGACGGUAUGGUCUUUGUCGACGCCCCCAUUCCACAAGUUGGAGAAAAUGACGUUCUCGUCAAGCUGCACAGCGCUGCCUUGAACUACAGAGAUGUUGCCAUUCCAAAGGGGAAAUUUCUCUUCCCAUACCAGCUACCUAUCGUGCCGGCAUCUGACGGUGCCGGGGAGGUGAUUGAAGUGGGCUCGCGAGUCACCAAAUGGAAGAAGGGCGACCGAGUUGUCACGCUUUUCAAUCAAGGUCACCAGUACGGAGCUGUUGAUCCUGUUGUUGCAGCAACUGGCCUAGGUGGUACGAUUGAUGGUACCCUGCGCCAGUAUGGGGUGUUCAGCGAGAAUGGCGUUGUACGAGCUCCCGGCAACCUCAACUUUGCCGAGGCGAGCACGCUUACGGGUGCGCCCCUGACGAGCUGGAAUGCACUCUAUGGUCUUCGGCCGCUCAGGGCCGGAGAAACCGUCCUGGUUCAAGGAACGGGAGGAGUCAGCAUCUCGGCGUUGCAGCUUGCCAAAGCGGGUGGGGCAAAGGUGAUCGCAACCACGUCUGCUUCCGAAAAGGCGGAGAAACUAAAGGCACUCGGCGCCGACCAUGUGAUCAACUACAGGGAGAAUCCCGAAUGGAGUGCAAUAGCACGAAGGUUGACUCAUAACGAGUCUGGUGUUGAUCAUAUCCUCGAAGUCGGCGGCUAUGGGACUCUCGCGCAGAGUUUGAAGGCGAUCAAGUACGAGGGCAUCAUUACCCUGAUCGGCUUCUUGGGCGGCGGCUCAGGUGAAGCCCCCCCUUCUGCUUUGGAAACCUUGUCAAGCAUGUGCACCAUUCGUGCUAUCUAUGUUGGUUCGAAAGAACAAAUGGAGAAAAUGGUUGCCGCAUAUGAAAACAACGACAUUCACCCUGUUGUCGACUCCAAGUCGCUCUCUCUUGAGCAGGCAAAAGAGGCAUUUGAAUACUUGGGAGCACAGAAGCAUAUUGGGAAGGUUUGCGUGCAGAUCGAAUAG